CCCUCCGUUUUUCACCUCUCAAAACCAGUAACCCACGACCACCACCACCACCACCUCCUCCUCCUUUUUCCUUCUCUCUACAUUAAAAAAAAUGGCAGGGAGAGAGCCCUUCAACGUCACUGCCAGAGCUCCAAAGCCGGCUGUCGGAAACCACUCUCCGUGGCAUUCACCUGUUCCCUACUUGUUUGGUGGCUUAGCUGCCAUGCUUGGUUUGAUUGCUUUUGCUCUCUUGAUUCUCGCUUGUUCCUACUGGAAGCUAUCUGGUUACCUGGAAAACGGCAACGAAGGAGGCGAAAGGGACCUCGAGGCAGGUGAGGGAUCAAAUAAGACUGGCGAAGGUCAGAAACAGCAACCCGUAGCCUUUGAAGAGAAGAUAUUAGUGAUUAUGGCUGGAGAAGUUAAGCCAACUUUCCUGGCUACACCAAUGUCUAGUAGGUCAUCUUCUUUUGGUGACACUGGCAGUGCAAAGAGCUGUUCUUGCAGCCAAAACAGUGAGAAAUCAGAGAAUUGUAGCGGUGGUGGUGUUGAGAUGGUGAAACAGGGGACUGUUGAUCAAGAACAUAGUGGAACAACCACAGGGACGACCACCCAUGAUGAGUCCUCAGAUCAAAACCAUUAAUCAAUUCCAUUUUCUCUUUCUGGGUUAUUAUUUUUUUUUUCUUCUCGUGGGUUAGAAGGAUUGGGAUCUUGAGAGGGAGAGAGAGAGAGGGAGAGAGAGAGAGAUCUGUUACAGGUUUUGAUUAGGACUAGCUAGCUAUAUAUGGAGGUGGUGUAUUGUAUAAGUCAGAUUGGUUCUUAUUCCCUUUUUAGCAGCUUCCUUUUGUUUUUUUGUUUCUUCUGUUUAAUGUUUCCAAUUCGGGAAGUGUAAAUUUCAUUGAGAUUUAAUGAAGAAUCAGCUGUUUCUUCA